AUGGGGUUAUUCAAAAGUAGACCACCAUUUUAAAGGAGAGUGGCAAAUUCAUCUCUGCUAAGCCAAUCUGAUGAUAUUUUAUUGGAUGAUCUAUUACUUCUAAUUUCUUGCUUUGAGAAUAAUCAUUCAGAGUUUAUAACAAAAGCACCGUCGUAUUACAUAGAACAGUAUUUCUAGUUAACUUUUUAUAGGGAAUUUGCUAACUCUUACAUAAUUAGGAAUAAAGUUCUUUUGACUUGCCACUUAAUGCUGCAUGAAUUCUAAUUAGGUAUUGAUUUUGCGGAUCACUUUCUGAAUUAGAAGUUUUUAAUUCUGAUGAAUAGGUAGUCACCGAGUCUUGUUAAAACAAAUCAUUAAAAAUAGGAAUGGUUAUCUGCAAAUAUUUAGUUAAGCUAUUUUUAAUAUUUACAAAAACUUGCUGUUAAUAUCUAAGUGUUUCAUGCAUGCAAAGUGUAGUAGUAUCCAUUGUUUUAGGAAGGAUAAAAGUUUAUAGAUAUCCAGACAAAAUUACUGUGGUUAUUUAAGAUAAGCAAUUUGAAACAGGUGAAUAGUGGUUUGGGAUAGAUGGAGACAUUCAAAUCUGCAUUAUAAAUGGUGCCUGAAGAUAUGUUGCUAAAGGAGAUAGUGUUGGUGUACUGGUCAGACAUAAUUGUGUUUUACAAUUUCUUAAGCAAAGAGAUUUUGCAAUUGUUGGACUAUUAUAGACAUUUGGCUACUCAUAUUAGUUUGUAGUUUUACGAAUUAUAUUUAUAAUUAUUCCAAAUAAGAAAUUCUAUAUCAGAUUUAUAUAAACAUCGGAAGCAUUUCGAUCGAGAUAAUGUUAUUAAGCAACCCAAAUGGUUUGAUGUAAACAAGCCAGUUCAUCAGUAAAUUGAGGAAUUUAUGUUGAAAUAAAAAUUAAACAUGGGUAAUCACACUGACAGAGCUCUACAAAGACCGCAGAUGUCAAGUAGAGGUUCUAAAUCAUAGAUCGCUUUUGAUGCAAAAAUGGAUUCAACAAAAUUCUCCAGAAAAGAAAAUACAGUCAAAACACAUAGGGCUGGCAGGUAGGGAGAGAGCGAUGGAGAUGACGAGGACUUUGAAGAAUUGAAAUUAAUACUCCAAAAUUCAAAUAUGCAGUCUAAAUUAGCCAAAAAGAAAUAAUAGCAAAAACAAAUGGAUUCUCUGGUGUCUUUCUAAAAGCAAUCUCGAGAAGAGGGCACUGAUUUACCUAAAGGCGAUUGA